AUGGAAGGCCAACAGCUCAAAAGGUCCAAGGUUGUGAAAAUUGACUCAAGAAAAUCAUGGGAACACCACAUCACUGAUGCCACAAAGAAAGGCAAACUUGUUCUGGUUCAUUUCUCUGCUUACUGGUGCAUGCCUUCUAUAGCUAUGAAUCCUUUCCUUGAAGAAUUGGCCUCUACCUAUCAAAGUAUUCUCUUUCUUAAUGUAGAUGUGGAUGAGGUUAAGGAAGUUGCCUCCAAGUUGGAAAUCAAAGCCAUUCCCACCUUUUUGUUGAUGAAUGGAGGAGAUCCAGUGAAUAAAACCGUGGGUGCAAAUCCAGACGAGAUAAAGAAAAGGAUCAAUUAUUAUGUUCACCAAACACAUUCCCAAAAGUCAAUAUGA